UAUCAUCUCCGUGUCACUUUUCGAAAUUUCACAGCACCGGCCUCCCACCACAAACAGAUCAUGGCUCUCAUUCCAUUCAUAACAACCAGUCUCAAAGCAUUUGCUUGUAUUUGGGCACUUAUCACCUUUGCAGUGGGUGCUAGCUUUAUUUCCGCAGCCGAUGAUUUAUUUGGCAACCACUUCGUUACCCGCACAGACUUGACCGCUGGUAAUGCUGUUAUUGCCGGGGGUGUAUUGACCUGGUCAUACUUCGUAGCGAUAUUGGUGGUCACAUUCAUCCAACCAGAAAAUGUCUUCAUCUCCGUGAUGCUUGAUACAAUUUUCUUGUCAAUUUGGUUCAUUUUCUUCCUGGCUUCUGUAGCCAGCAUGUCAACCCUUGCCUCUGUUUUCCGCGAUUACGACAGGUUCACCUGGGGGCGCCUCGGGACCGCAACGAUAGGUCUUAGUUGGGUGAUGACUUUCCUUCUUCUCGGCAUACUUCUCUUUGAAGUGACCUACACCCUCAUUAACUUUGGACGCUCUUACACUACUUGGCCCACCCCUGCCGCUAACACUAUUGUCGAAGAAUCCAUCGAUGAACAGGCCGUUCUCCAAUCUGUUCAGACCACACCCGUAGGAAUCGCUGUAUCUGUUUUGUCAGGAGCUCGUCCUCCCAUGUCCGUCCCGAUGAGGGGAAAAGGGGUAGACCGCGUCUAACGAACUCAUUGAGAAUGUGGCUUGGGUAAAGUGUGAUUUAAAUAGCUUCAUUUUCCGAGGGCAACGGGACUACAAACCGCAGGAGUUCCAAAAUGAGGUCGAGUUAAAGAAAAGAAUGGUCCAAUCUGAGAGGCGUCUUGAAACUUUAUACAUGAUUAGGCUGUCUGUAUAUGGAGGACCUUUGUCACGAGACAGAAACCACAGCAUUCAGUCAGAUAGGCUCAAUGACCCCGAUUACUGUGUACCCCAAGCAGAAGGGUCAGAGUAAGGGAGAAACUGAUUGUAUGAGGUUAAUCGGUCAUUAAGGGAUCAUUGGGGCGAUAG